CCCCCUGCGACGUUCAAUCAUCAGGCGUCAAAUCAACAGGUGACCCCGACGUGUUCAGCCGAGAGCUGCAGUUCAACUUCCACUUCACUUUCCUCAAAUCCCUUUAAGUGCUUUAAUGGGAUUUAGCUGGUCUUUACAUCCGACGACCUUUAAGCAGCCCAGUUUCAAUUCCUACAGCAAAAAGAUGCUUACAGUAUAAUUAGGUCGUUUAUGGAAGGGGAGUAAAUCCGCAGACGUUAAGAAGGAUCGGGCCAUUUGUCGAGUCCCCCAGAGCGAGACCGCCACUCUUGAUGUCUCAAUGUAGGAAAGGUCACAACUUUAAGCCGUGGGGAGACUUUUGAAUUAUUUUAUCGCUGGUGCUUGGAAAACGAAAUGGUGUUUUCACAGCGAUAUGUGACUUGAAUAAGUAAGUUUUCAAGAUUAAAAACGGCUGAAAUGGUAAAUCAUAAAUAUGAGCAGGAAAGUUGAUGUUUUAAAUCUAAUAUCUACACAAGUCAGUAUUUAAUAGCGUGUUAUUAUACAUGAAAUAUUCAAGCAGAAUCUGUAUUGUUGUUAGCGUAAUUUUACAACAGACAUGAAUCGUUUUUAAAAGUCAGAUCUCUGUGUGUGUACUUUUUUGCAACUCGCAACGAGUUCUUGGAAACACCUACUUGUGGGGACAUUUUGCAUUGUAGGGGCUUUAACACAGACAUUUUGAUUGGAUUUAAAGUCCUGUUUGAGGUUAGCUAUUUGUUUUGUAUGGUUAGGUGUGGGGUGUGAGGCAGGGGGAGGCAUGACAGCAAUGAGUGGCCCCCACAAGGAUAGAUAUGUCGAGUAGAAAAAAACAUAGACAGAAGCUUCAGAUGGAAAAAGCAGAACCAAAGAAAAGAUUCCACUACAGGUAGAGAAAAUGAACGAAAUAAGAGGUUCAGUGAUCCGUUAUGAUCAGUGUCGUUCGACCUUUUGACCUGUGGCUGGCAAGUCAUCAGACUCCAUUCACAAACUCUCCAGUUGUCUGUGAUACCCCCACCUCUUCCUGCUUUUCUUCUGGCUGUUUAAUAUUCACUGGCCAGACUGUCUGUGUCUUCUUGAAAAGCUGCGGUCCGCCACGUUCCAUAUUAACAUAUUGCUGUCAGUCCCCCCUCCCGAAACCCCACCCUGUCGUCCUGCACUGAUGUUAGUGGAGAGUGAAAGAUCAGAGGGGCAACCGUGUCCUCCGUCUACAUCAAGAGUGUGGUCGGCAGGCAGGAAGUGGGGGCUGCCGCUGCUUUGAUGGUCACACUUUCUCAGAUGUGUCGCUGUCGCCUGUCUCGCCGUGUCUCUGCUCGAGGAAAAGCAGGCCUGAUAAGUCGCCUAAACACGCACUGAUGCACACGCAUUGGCACCCCCUCGCCCGCCACCUCUCCGAGUCUGAACGGGUCAAUCCACCUUUCCACUUUACUGUCACUGAUAACCAGUUCUGGCAUGUGGCGGCGCCAAGCUUUUUGUUUUUCACUCAAGCUUGUCAUGCAGCCGCUGAGGUGUUUGUGUGUGGGUGCAUGUGGUGUCCCUGGCCAGACUGCAGAGUUGCUUACAUUGUUAUUCUAAACAGGGUGUGUUUUCAGUCUUCCUCGUCGCUCCGCCAAACCAUCCGUCACUCCGGGUUACAAAACUGUGAACUUGACACAUUUGUCUCCGAAGGCCUGCCCUGACGGUGCGCAGGAAAUAGCCAAGCACAGUGUCACGUUUGAGUCCUUUGAAAGUCUACAGUGAGAGAAGCUUGGUGAAAGGUGUGGGGUUCUGCAAAGCAGUCAGUCCCAGCCAUUCAGGGUAACCACAGCCUUGAUGCCGAGUCACCGACUUUCCUUCCGUUGACUUCUAUUGAUAGACCACCGCAGACGAUGAACACGCCACAAGAGCUUCUGUUUUGGCAGAAAUGCCUUCACAGGUUUUCAGCUGGAUGCUGUGUGCAACAUUGACAAAUAGCAUCUGUACCAACUCCAUUUGUCAGUUAUUCAAUGCUGAGAGUUUUGAAGAGAAAAGCUUGUUGUUGCUUGUUUAUAGUUUAGUUAGUAUGAAAAAAUUACAUUACAUUUUCUGUCUCAAUUAUGUUUUGAAUAUUAGUGACAUGUCAGAAUUUGUCAUGGUGUUAGCCUUGGCUCAUUGGUUCUGACUUACCCGUUUUGACUCUGUAUUUCAUGAUAGUACAACCUUGACAGAGAACGUUUCCAGAGGCCGCUCGUAUUGAGCAAUAUUGGCUUGAGUAAAUAAUCAGUAGUGGCAGGCUUAUUGGUGUUGUCUUUUCUAAUCAUCAGGUGUUGUCCCGGGAGAUCAUUUAUAUUAAAUUCAUAUAAAGAAUAGGAAGAUUUUUCAUGUUCAGAUGUUGUAUAAGCAAUAUCUUAAAUGAGAAAAGUACUCAGAGAGCGCAGAGCUAUAAACUACACAGUUCUCACCCAAUAUUAUUGAUGUUAUAUUAUCCAUCUAAUGACAUGCAUGUUUUUGGGUUAGGGUUAGUACUAAUGUAGUAAUUCCAUUGAUAUCAUUAAUAAUUAUUCAAAUAAUCUUCAGUGUUCUGGAACUCGCUCGCACAACAUGCACACUGAACAGCAACAAUUUAGUGCAGCACAUGCUGCAAAUCUGACAGCAGAGAGUGACAAGUCCUUCAGCAGAUUUGUGGGUGCCCAUGGUGAUCUGGAACGCUACCAAGAUCAUCUGGUCCCAUUUUCAACACCUGAAGAUUUCAUGUGAAUUCAGUUUUUUUAAUGCACUCACACAUUGACAUUUUGUUUAUGCAGUUCAUUCCCAAUUGCUUGUGCCGAUAUAUGAUCAUAGUGAUAAUAAUAAAACUUGAUUCACACAAACGCAGCAGUGUUGAAUGAAACACAAAUCUGUUGUCAUUGAACAAUGUCACUUGAUAACAUUCUAUAAAUAUUUGGACCCAUCUCUAGUCUAAACUAAUACUAGCAAUGGAAUUGGUCUCUUUGACGUUGAGAUGUUUUCGUGAUGAGUAUCCACAUAAAUGCAUUCUUUUUCUCAGUUCUGAUAAGAUGGCAGAAUGCCUGAGUUCACCAGAUUGAUAUGUACGAAGUGAGCAGCCUUGCUCAAGGGCAGGUUGUCUGUGUGGAUGAUUGGUAACAAGCAAUUGGUGAGUCGCUCUUCGACAACCUGAUGUGGUUUUUGAGUGUUUAUUUGGCUGCAGCGUCGUAAACGAAACACACUGCAGUUGUUCCACAUCACUUAUGGCGUUGGUCACACUGCGCCGGUGGCAACAGUUUCGGGGUGUAGGAGCAGGGAGGUGGGCUAUUCUUAAACACAGUGGAUUCAGAUCAGAAAUAAAAAAUGGGAGAAGAAAAAGAAAGAGGAGGGAAAAAGGGGGAGGAGGGAUCCUGCAUGAGUGUGUUCUGCGUGUGGAUGAAGUGAAUUGAACACAACCGGGGAGUAAAAGACCUCUGCGUGCUGGAGCCGGAGCUUUUAUCAGGAUUUUUUUUCCCCAUUUAAAUCAUCAGCUGAGACAAAGAUCUUCAGCGACAGAGAGUGAAAGAGAGAGAGGGAGUGAAUAGAUGACAGCCGAGGAAGCGGCACGCUGAGUUUCCAGCCGUCGCACUCUGUUCUUCCUGGGAGAUUUUUUUUUUUUUAAAGGACAAAAGCCGUCCCUCUUCAUCCUGAUACCAUCUCCAGUGAAAGGACACCACUGCUGGACGGUGCGAUUCCUCCCUCGCAGGCAUGGAGGGAUGACGAUGAUGCUCUGCAAAAACCCCUUCCUCUCAUCUACACACCAAGAAGAGCAACUCCGCUGAGAGGGGGAGGGUGAAUUCCCUCUGUGGAUUAUCGUGGAUGGUCCUGACACUUCCUCUUUUUUGGGUAUUUUCUCUCCUCUUGCCCCCCCGCCCUCCUCCCGUGCGCUCGCAACUCUGCACUGUGAUGUGUAGUUUGUAAGCCGAAGAAUGUGGAGGCAACAUUUUCCAGGUAUUCGGCCUCAAAUCAUGAACGGGCCAAUGCACCCUCGCCCCCUGGUGGCAUUGCUGGACGGGCGCGACUGCACCGUGGAGAUGCCCAUCCUGAAGGACCUGGCCACUGUGGCGUUCUGCGACGCUCAGUCCACACAGGAGAUUCAUGAGAAGGUGCUGAAUGAGGCAGUCGGCGCCAUGAUGUACCACACCAUCACCCUGACCAGAGAAGACCUGGAGAAGUUCAAAGCUUUACGCAUCAUCAUCCGUAUCGGCAGCGGCUACGACAACAUCGACAUCAAGGCUGCAGGAGAGCUGGGUAUCGCUGUCUGCAACAUUCCCUCCGCAGCAGUGGAAGAAACAGCCGACUCCACCAUUUGCCACAUCCUCAACCUCUACCGACGGAACACCUGGCUGUACCAGGCUCUCCGGGAGGGCACGCGGGUCCAGAGCGUGGAGCAGAUACGUGAGGUGGCGUCUGGUGCCGCUCGCAUUCGUGGUGAAACUCUGGGGCUGAUCGGCUUCGGUCGUUCGGGGCAGGCGGUGGCUGUGCGAGCGAAGGUGUUCGGCUUUAACGUCAUCUUCUACGACCCGUACCUGCAGGACGGCCUUGAGCGCUCGCUGGGCGUCCAGCGCGUUUACACACUGCAGGACCUCCUGUACCAGAGCGACUGCGUGUCUCUGCACUGCAACCUGAACGAACACAACCACCACCUCAUCAACGACUUCACCAUCAAACAGAUGCGUCAGGGAGCGUUCCUGGUCAACACGGCCCGAGGAGGUCUGGUGGACGAGAAAGCUCUGGCUCAGGCGCUGAAGGAGGGACGGAUACGUGGCGCCGCCCUGGACGUGCAUGAGACUGAGCCUUUCAGCUUCGCUCAGGGUCCUCUGAAGGAUGCCCCCAACCUCAUCUGCACCCCCCACACCGCCUGGUACAGCGAGCAGGCGUCUCUGGAGAUGAGAGAGGCGGCAGCCACCGAGAUCCGGCGAGCUAUCACCGGUCGCAUCCCAGACAGUCUAAGAAACUGCGUCAACAAAGAGUUCUUCGUCACCUCGGCACCGUGGGCAGUUAUGGACCAACCUGGUGUUCACCCCGAGCUCAAUGGCGCCGCCUACAGAUACCCGGCCGGUGUGGUGGGAGUUGCUCCGGGCGGCCUCCCGGGAGCGUUGGAGGGCAUGGUGCCCGGAGGAGUGCCCAUUGCCCACACCCUGCCCUCUGGAACCCAUCCCUCGCAGGCGCCUUCACCCAACCAGCCCUCAAAACACGGGGAGACCAGAGAACACCUCACCGAGCAAUAGCAGCAGAAGGGAAGAACAUGACCCGGCCCGCCAGAACCCACCGGUCACAACUGGGACCAAGAGACAAUGAAACAACGUGGCUGCCUGUCCAUCGCUCUCAAACUGGAACUAACCAAGAAAGCGUUCCAGGAAUUUCUACUUUUACUGUUUUAGUUUUGUCUAUUUGGGUUUUUUCGCUUUGAUUAUGAUGAUGAUAUUGGAUUUUCUUGUCAUUUUGUUUUUCGGGACGGAGCACCCCAGUCUCACCCUUAGACACUCGUGGGUAACAAACGUCUCUGGCAACCAACAGGAGAACAAACUUGGGCAUCAUGUGCUACUGGACCUUCCUCCUAACCUUUUGACGCUCCUUAUUAGUGUCGUUGAGCUCCAAAUUAUUCCUUUGAUGUGUGAGAGACUUUAUACAUUUAUCAUUUGUCACGCGAGAACAUCACUUUUGGUAAUCGAGAGCGAGUUCUAAUCCUUUCCUGGCGAUAACUUUUAGAAAGUUUAACACCAACACAAAAACUAAGAAAUCAUUUCAAAGUCGUUCAUAUCACUUGGAUGAAAAUGCACUUUGAGUCAAGUCAUGUGAACAUGUACAUCACCUCCGAAUCGAUUGCGCCGCUCUCUUACGCUGUUUUACAUAUGAAUUUGAGGCAUCAUUGUGAGCAAAUCACUUUUCCAACAUUUUGACCAGUUGGUGAAAUCUGAAUUUUAGUCUUUGUCAAGUCGACAAAAUGGAUUUCAACUUACCAACCGACUGCAUUUGAUGUGGACAGACGAGGAUUGUUCACGACACAAGCGCACAUGUGCUCCUGACAAACAGGAAAAAGUUGAGCUAACAUUUCUUAAAAACUCAGGAAAAACACUUUCAGUUACGUCCCAGGAUUAAAAGGAAAAAAAAAAGAAAAAGCAAAACAUCGGGUUAGUCUCGAUAUUUUCCCUCAUCUCAUCCAUUGUGGCAUUUUCUAAAUGAGGCAAUUCUUUGGUGUUGAAGAGUUUUCAAAAGUCCUGUUAGAGAUUUGUAGUUUAAUGUUCCUCCUGGUAGUCCUACAGUACGUGCUCCGCCUUUGUUCUACUGAAGGUCCGGCGGUCCUGUUCUCUGGAAGAGCAAUGGCAGAAACGUAGAGUCCCGGCGAUAGCAGAAGUGGCAGCCAGCAGUACGUUUCGUUUCUUUUUGUUGUUUUUAGUGUGAGUAUUUGUAUUUGUUUCUUGUACCAGGUGAACAUUUAGCAUUUCAGUGCAGUUCAAAUAAAAAAAUGAUUCUGACA